AGUGCUUCUAACUGUAUGCAUAUUGUGCGCCUUAACUACAAUGCAAUUAAACAAUAUCAAACUUAGAAGAACGAAAAAAUACCGAUAACCCAUUAUGGUGAAUAAGGGCCCUUUAUGGAAAAGGGUGAGGUCUUACAAUGGACCUCUUCCCCGGGCAAGGCACGGGCAUCGGGCAAUCGCCAUCCGGGAGUUGGUUGUUGUGUUUGGAGGUGGAAACGAGGGAAUAGCGACCAACCUGCAUGUUUAUAACAGUGUGACCAAACAGUGGUUUCUGCCAGCAGUAAGAGGGGACAUCCCACCCGGAUGUGCCGCUCAUGGCUUUACAUGUGAAGGCACACGGAUCCUAAUGUUUGGAGGCAUGGUCGAAUUUGGCCAAUAUACCAACAGUCUCUAUGAACUGCAGGCUAGUCGAUGGCUUUGGAAAAAGCUGAAGCCCCGCCCACCGAGGAAUGCAUCACCUCCAUGCCCAAGGAUUGGUCACAGCUUUGUUCUCCAUGCCAACAAAUGCUACCUUUUUGGUGGAAUGGCCAAUGACAGCAAAGAUCCAAAUGGCAAUAUACCACGGUAUUUGGAUGACUUCUAUGAACUGGAGCUGCAAGCUCAGUCUGGAGUCAAAGGCUGGAACAUUCCAGAAACCAAAGGUGGAGGUCCAUCCGCCAGGGAAUCCCAUAGUUCUGUGGUUUACUGUGGGAAGGGUGGCAGUGCCCCAAAGCUCUACAUUUUUGGGGGCAUGUGUGGGCAUAGACUGAAUGACUUGUGGCAGCUAGAUAUCGAAACUAUGACUUGGUCAUUACCUCAAACCAGAGGGCAAGUUCCACUUCCCAGGAGUCUACACACCUCCAAUGUGAUGGGAAACAAGUUAUAUGUGUUUGGAGGUUGGGUUCCUGUUGGAGAGACAGAGGACACGCUCAAUUCUGAUGGAGUCAAAUGGGUUUGCUCCAACUCUCUUUCCAUGCUAAACCUUGACACACUGGCAUGGCACAACCUGACAACAGAAGAACAUCAGCAGGGACUAGCUUCAGGUGUAGUGUCAGUUGAAGAGGAAGAAGGCAGUCUGCAUUGGCCGAAAGCACGAGCUGGGCACUGUGCAGUAACUGUCGGCACACGUCUGUACAUCUGGAGUGGGCGAGAUGGAUACAAAAAGUGCAAUAACUACCAGAUCUGCUGUAAAGAUCUGUGGUACCUGGAAACAGACAGGCCUUCCACCCCUGGUGCAGUGUUCCUUGUCAAGUCCACAGUCAAUAUGCUACAUGUUGCCUGGCGCCCCCUACCUGCAGCUGAAUGUUAUUUGCUUCAAGUGCAGCCCAUUACUUCUCAUUCCCAAUCCAUUGAGCCACAGUCAAUACCAACUCCUCAAGACCCAGGACACGGGAAGGAACCUAUACAAAAAGAUUCCCAGCCAUUUCAGAAAAUAGGAAGUGUAGAUGCCACAUUUGGAGAGAAGGACUCUUCAUCACAAGAAAGCCUUUUGAGGCCUAUAGAAAUGGGUGUGGAUGAAGCAGACAACCAAUCAACAGGGGACAGAAGUAGAAGAGGAAAAAGCUCUUCUUCAAAUGUCCCACCUACGACACAGUCUGAAAGAAAAACCUCUCCCAUCCUAUCCCAACAGACAGAGAAUGCAGAGGACUCUGUGUGGUUUGAUGUGGGUGUGUUUAAAACACUGUUCUGUGAGGUUACACACUACUUCCUGCCUUCUGAAGGAGGUGACCUGGCAUCAACCUUGUCUGGUCGAAAUUCAGCUGACAGUGAGUGGAAGAUGCCAGGUCCUCAUAGUUUCACAGGUCGUGAGAAGCAGGAGUUGGCUUCAGGGGUCACAUACAAGCUCAGAGUGGCUGGACUAAACAGCUGUGGUCUGGGAGACUUCAGCCCCAUCACUGAGUUUAAGACCUGUCAGCCUGGAUUUCCGGGGGCGCCAUCUGCUGUCAAAAUCACCAAGGAUAAAGACUCCGUGCACAUCACCUGGGAGCCUCCCACCUCUCUGUCAGGGAAGAUCAUGGAGUAUUCCAUGUACUUGGCCGUGAGAAAGAGUCGAGGGAACAACUCAGAGCGACCUGGCGAUUUGGCUUUCAUCCGAAUCUACCGUGGCACUAAGACUUCAUGCACAGUCAGUGAAGCGCAACUAAGCAACGCACACAUUGACUGCUCGGCACGGCCUGCUGUCGUCUUCCGCAUCGCUGCCAAGAACGAGCAGGGCUAUGGUCCGGCCACACAAAUCCGCUGGCUGCAAGAUGUGAGUAAACUCAAAUUUUCAGUGAUGCAGCUGGACUUGAGUUCUCAACCAGCAGAGCCUGACAGCACCUGCAGAUGAAUCCUCAUCCCUGAUGGGUCAGCCAGCAGCAUUAAUGACAGCUCUCUUUUAAUAUUAUAAUUCAACUCCUUUUGAUGUCCACUUUGGAAAUGUUUUUUAUAUCUUUGUCUUCCGAUGUUACCUACAGUGUUUAUACUGUAAGCUUUAGGUGUUCAGAAAAGCAAUGCCCCUACUGUCCUUGUAUCAUAACAAAUGGGUCAUUAUCACUGUACAAUGUAGAUAACUUAACAGCUUUUUAUUUUUUAUAUUGAGUUUAUUGUUGAACAAAAAUAUAAUACUUUUAAUUAGGCUUGUUGUAGCCACAAGGCAACACUUGACUUGUUUCCUUUCAAAUCCCAAAUCUGAUUUUUUUGAGCAAAAUUCAAUCUUUGUUGAAAAUGAGCAACUUACCCAUCUUAAAAUGCAUGUUAUAGAUUUCUUAAAAUAGACCUGUAUAUAAUAACUGCAUAACUGACAGUAAUUGAACCAAAAAAAAAAAAUAUAUAUAUAUAUAUAUUCAAUUGAAUGAAAAUUCAAUUGUUUUUUUUUUCUCCCCAAUUUGGAACGCCCAGUUUCCAAUGUGCUUGAAGUCCUCGUGGUGGCAUAGUGACUCGCCUCAAUCAAGGUUGCAGACCUAGCGUGUGUGGAGGCCUCACGCCAUUCUCUGUGGCAUCCACGCACAACUCACCACGUUCCCCAUCGAGAGCGCAAACCACAUUAUGGUGACCACGAGUAGGUUAACCCAAUGUGACUCUACCCACCCUAGCAACCGGACCAAUUGGUUGCUUAGAAAGCCUGACUAGAGUCACUUAGCAUGCCCUGGAUUCAAACUUGUGACACCAGAUGUGGUAUUCAGUGUCUUUACUUGUUGAGCUACCCAGGCCCCCCCAGAUUUUUUCUUUCUUGAUCAGUUCAGGAAGGAUACACUAUUAUAGCAACCGAAGAAUACGCUUUCCUGUGCCUUAGCAUCAUACAUAAUUACAAUGCAUGUUGAAUGAGCAAUGUCUGUCCUUUAUGGGUAUUAUACUCUGAAUAACUGAGACAAAAUCUCAAAUUUAAUCCUUUAGAACAUUUUCCUCUGUGUAAAUAUUGAUCCUGGUUGCAAGGCUGACAGAACACCGUUGAGUUCAUUAAUUAUACUCUAUCUGUAAUAUGUCUUUUAUUUUCUCACACAGUACAAAUAGUAUGUCUACUUGGGGCUUUUUAAUAGCCCAUCUCUAAAAUGUUGUAUGCAGCUGUGAAUUGAGAUUAUAUCUGGAUUAUCUUCCGUUACCAUUUCAUUAACCUAGACACAACAGAGUAUUCAUUUUAAGUAUCUAUCACACAGAUUGUGCCAUGUUCAAAGUUCAGUGCCGCUUCAGCUUAGAACAGAUGACUACGUAUCAACUUAAUAUUUGCACAUUUUUGUCAUCUUCCGUCCUCCAGUUGCCCUUUUGUGUAAAUUUUACAAUGUAAAACUGGUGCCAUUUCUUGAUAUUCUUCUAUUAAAGGCUUUCAUAAUUUUAUUUCUCUUCUAAUUCACCACAUGGUUUAAAUGACCGUUUGUUUGCUUUUUCUUUAUUUUAAGUUUAGCUGAAUUCAGUUGAAUUGAAUUGCAUACACAACAAACAAAAAUGCAUUUUAUUGCUAUAUUUUUUUUUGGCACCAAUUCCCAAAAUGGCCUUUUUGUGUAUUAUGCUAUAAUUGUUGCAAAAAAAAUACUGAAGUGAAACACAUUGAUAGGCAUACAUCUUUUCAAAUACG